AUGGAACCUUCGAGACUUCCACCGACGCUCCACGACUGCAUCUCAAACGGAAUUCUGCAGAUGGACAAUGCUGCCAAACUGAUUUUAGCAAAGAUGCGGCGCGAGCAGUUCAAUGAGGCAGCAUACUAUGAGUUCAUUCGCUCAGAUGUAGCACUGCGAGCAACCCCCACUUAUGGUAGUUUGAAUCGCCCGUUCGGACCUAGUAUCGAACUGCUGUGGGGGAUUGCUAAUAGGAUGACAGUAAGAUUAGAUACUUGA